CCUCACCUUUUCUCAAAGGUUUAUUUGUUCUCUUCAUCUCUCUCUCUCUCUGUAAAUCACACUUCCCUCCAUUUCUCUCUCUCUCUGUAUCUAUCUGUUUCUCUCUCUAUAUAUAUUUGUUUCUCUCUCUGCCUUCCGGUCUGGCUAACAUUCAGGAAACUCUGGAGGAGACCAGAAACAAGAGGGUGGUGCUCGCCCUGUAUGAAGCCUUGAGCUCUCGAGACGUGGAUUUGGUCCAGAAACUUCUGGCCUCUGACCUAGAGUGGUGGUUCCAUGGUCCGCCGUCCCACCAAUUUUUGAUGCGCAUCCUCACCGGCACUGCUAAUUCCGGCGAUUCCUUCCGAUUUGAGCCUCUCAAAGUCGACGCCAUUGGCCCCACCGUCUUCGUCGAGGGCCAAGACCUAGCUCGCAACAUCACCUGGGUCCACGCCUGGUCCGUCACGGAUGGGAUAAUCACCCAGGUCCGCGAGUACUUCAACACCUCCCUCACCGUCACUCGCCUCGGUAACCAGUCACGCGCCGCCGCCGCCACCUCCGCCUUCACGCCCCUCCACUGCCCUUCCGUCUGGGAGAGCAGUCUCUCCAAUCGGGUUGGGAAAUCCGUCCCGGGUCUCGUCCUCGCAAUAUAACCCGACCCGACCCGUUUACACCUAAUCCCCCAAUCUCUACUGCAUAACAAAAAUAAAAAUAAAAAUAAGCGCGUGUUUUGUUUUUGUAUGGGCUGAAGGGCCACCGUCGGAUCUUGCGUCUGCGAGGAUGUGAGAUGGACGGCUAGGAUUCGUCGUCCCUGUUUGUGUUAACGUACUGUUUGGUUUGAUUUGAUUUCUGUUUGAAUUGCGUGUGGAGUCCGACCGACCAUGAUGGUUCGACGACGACGACACGCAAUAUGCGUGUGGGAUGAUACGUCCGAUGUAUCUCGUGUUUGGUUUGCAAUAAACUCGUGUUUGUUGGAUUGGCUAAUAA